AUGAACCACAUCGACUCAUACAACGCCAAAAUUGCGAACUAUGUUUGCUCUGCUGUCUCUCUCAUCAUCCUCUGCGGGCGAUUGAUCCUUACCCGACACCGUGAUAAGAAAUUCGACAUUGCUUCAGCGCUUACAGGCACAUCCAUCCUCGUCCUGAUCGUUCGGGUUGUCGUAGUCUAUUUCUAUCUCUACUAUGGGACAUCUCAAGAUUACUUCUACUCGAGCACUCGAGAUAGGUUCUCAUCAGAAGAUCUCUCCAAUAUCAGGACCGGCAGCAUCUUGGCUUUGGUCUCGAGAUUUCUAAUUACCACCUUCUACUGGCUUCAAAUAUGCCUGCUCCUGCUCUUCUACGGCGGAAUGGUUCGCGAAUUCCACUGGGUCAAUACAAUCAAAGCCUGUUGGCUCGCCAUCGUUGUUACCUACAUAACGGUCGUCCUUGUCACCUUCCUGGAGUGCACACCAUUUCGACUAUACUGGCAGGUUGACCCUAACCCCGGCAAAUGCGUUCGAGCGUACGCCCAGCUCCUCACUCAGGGAACUUGCAACAUUGUGCUGGAUUUAUUCCUACUCGCCAUCUCAUAUCCAUUGAUCGCCGUACGGAAGCGGACGUUGUCGCAGAAACUCCGUGUUGGAUCCUUGUUCAUACUCGGUUUCUUCUGUAUCAUUGUGACGUGCUUGAGGAUCGCCUAUAUCUAUGCCGAAGAUUCUUACCAGCCUGUAAGGAGUUUCUGGGCAUCGGUUCAGAUGCUCGUUUCAACCUUCGUGGCGAACGUGCCAACAAUUUACGGAUGCUUUCAACUCAACCGGCGUCGCAAAUCGGCUCAAAGACAACGCAGAGCCAGCAGGCCAGAACUCUGGACGUCACUCGACUCUCCUGCGGCAUCGCAUUCGGAUGUCCCGCAACUUCCGGUCUUGCCUGAACGAGCAAGGACAAGCGAGUCAGCAACGAGGAGCAGCGAUGAUGAGAAAGCCUGGAGUAGGCAUAUCCCUUGA